AUGGUGACACCCCCGGCCACCCUCUGCCUCGUCGCCUGGCUGCUGCCACCCGCCGCCGGGCACCUCUGGGCAUGGAUGUUCUCCCUGCCCCAAAAUUCGCCCGACGCGGCAGCGCUGGGCAGGAGCCCCGGGGAGGACGCGGAGGAGGUGACCCCGUGCGGCCCCGCCGCCCCCUGUGCCCACGGGCAUUUCUGCGACGAGCACUUCGGGCUGUGCCUGCCCACGCGGCCCGCGGGGCACCACUGCCGCCACGACCCGCACUGCGCCCCCGGCCUCGUCUGCGUCUUCGGCCGGUGCCAGCAGCCCGUGCCCCCCGGGCAGGACGGAGCGCGGUGCCAGCGGGACGAGGAGUGCGGGCCCGGCGGCUGCUGUGCUCGCCAGCACGGCGAGCGCGUUUGCCAGCGGCGCCUGGCACCGGCCCAGAGCUGCCACGUCCCGCCCGGGGGUCUCGCCUUCAGCAUCAACCAAGUGUGCCCCUGCCAGGCCGGCUUGGUCUGCCGGCCCUCCGCACCCUCCGGAGAGUGA